AACUGUCAAAAUCUCAUUGACAAUUUGUUUGAUAAUCAAGUAUUUUAUAAAAUAAGAAAAUAAAAUUCAUGAAAUAUAGCCAAAUGAUAACUGCGAGAAGAAUUGCAGGGUGUCUGAGUAGUCCUAGAUACUUACUUAAAAACAGAUAUCUACGUUCAGGACUACAAUUUUCCAGAAAUCUGCACAUAAAUCUCAGUGCCGCUGACAGAGCAGAAUGUAAAAAUUCCAGCGAAAAUGGCAGUUACCCUAUGAUAGAUCACUGUUAUGAUUGUGUGAUCGUGGGAGCAGGAGGGGCAGGUUUGCGGGCUGCGUUUGGUUUAGGCUCUAAGGGAUAUCGUGUAGCUGUUAUCACAAAACUAUUUCCUACGAGAUCUCACACUGUCGCGGCUCAAGGUGGAAUAAAUGCUGCUAUUAGUACACAUCACGAAGACAAUUGGCUUUACCAUAUGUAUGAUACAGUAAAAGGUUCAGAUUGGCUUGGAGAUCAAGAUGCAAUCCACUAUUUAACUAGAGAAGGGCCGAAAGCUAUUUUUGAACUCGAAAAUUUUGGUUGUCCUUUUAGUCGCACGGAAGAUGGAAAAAUUUAUCAACGACCUUUUGGUGGGCAAAGUAUUAAUUUUGGAAAAGAUGGGCCAGCACAUCGAACAUGUGCUGUUGCUGAUCGAAUAGGACAUGCUGUUCUUCACACACUUUAUGGACAAAGUCUAAAAUACGAUGUUCAUUAUUUUGUCGAAUAUUUUGCGCUUGAUCUUCUUUUUCAUGGACAAUGCUGCAAGGGAGUUUUGGCCUUUGAACUUGAAACAGGCCUGAUGCACCGUUUUAAAGCUCAUCACACGGUAAUAGCAACUGGAGGGGCAGGACGAUGUUAUUUCUCUUGCACGGCAGCUCACGCUUGUACAGGCGAUGGGACCGCUAUGGCAUCUAGAGCUGGUCUUCCUCUUCAGGAUAUGGAAUUUGUCCAGUUUCACCCAACUGAGUUCGAUCGUAAGGAACGAGGAAAAAUUACGCAGGGGGAUUCAGGACCUCAGGUUAAUGAAAGGUACACAUACACAGUGUCACACCAAGCCUAUGACCAGGUCCAGCCUCCUUCUUCUAAAUCUGAAUUGGAAAGCGGGAAUUCAGUGACUUUGUUUGGCAAGGAAAUCAUGCCGUGCAUGGGUCAACGUCUCGCACAGCUUUCAAAAGGUUGCAGUAAUAAUGAUGCCAGAAUUCUUUUAGAGGAAUUUAACACGGAUAUCGACGGAUUACGAAGUUGGAUUCAACCCCAAGAUAUUUUCACUUUUGACCUAGGGUAUCGAGAUGCCAUUCGAAAACUUUCAAGAAUUAGAAUAGAUUGCAAGAAGCCACCCCUCUCCAGAUCUAAUCAGAAUCAGUUGUCAACUGAAGAAGCGAAGAAGUCUCGUAUAGUCACAGAAAGGAGAUUGAUAGUUGAAGUUCGAAAUGCUUACAUUAAAAUCGUUGUGGCUGUUGUAAAUAAAUACCAUGUGCCUAUCACACUGACAGGCGCAAAUUUAGCUCAAGCUGAAGAAAUGCUAGGAAAAGCUUGGCAUUUCAGUUUCGUCCAAGCAAGAUUAGAUGCGGAAAAUCUUGCACUCAGGCGGGAAUUGGGAGAAGAAGCACUUUGUCGUUUCGAUGCAAUUCGUCACUCAAAUGGCAAUAUACCAGUAGCAGUAGUACGAGAAAAUAUGCAAAGAACUAUGCAAAAAUAUUGUGCAGUUUUUCGCACUUGCGAUAUCCUUCAAAGAGCCUGCAGAGAAAUUACUCGCAUAUAUACUUGUGACCUACCAAACAUUUGCGUUCAAGAUCAGUCUCUAAUAUGGAAUACCGAACUUGUAGAAGCUCUGGAGUUACAAAAUCUUAUGCUAAACUGCCUGCACAUUGUAUACUCAGCAGAAAAUCGAAAAGAAAGUAGAGGGUCUCAUGCCAGGGAUGAUUUUAAGGAAAGAAUAGACGAAUAUGAUUAUUCAAAACCCAUUGGAAAUCAGAAGAAACUUCCAUUAAAUAAACAUUGGCGCAAGCACACGCUCUCUUGGGCCUCUGACGACGCUUCUAUUAGCAUUUCUUACCGACCAGUAAUUGAUGCAACUUUAAACGAGGAAGAAGCUAAACAUGUACCUCCGGCAGUACGUACAUACUAGUUUUAAGAUCUAAUUAUAAUUAUUGC